CCUAAUGUCGAGGAAUUUAUAAGUGUCCAGAUGAUAGACUUUCUUCUCCCUGCUCAACAACCUCAUCAGCAGAUCCUUGUGCCUCUGUAAUCACCAUGACAACAGACGAACAGCACUGAGGAGGAGAGAAAGGGUGUAGUUAGAAACAGGGUGGUGUGUGUGUGUGUGUGUGUGUGUGUGUUUGUGUGGAGAGACAGAGCGAGAUUCGGAAGGAGGAAGAGAGGGUGACGGGUGGAAGUGGGAUUUGAAGAAAAGUGUUUCUGCGAAGAGAAAAAGAAGAGAGCAGCGAAGACAGAGCUUCUUUUUUUUUUUUUGCCGCCCAACAUGUGGUUCAGUCUGGUGAUGCUGUUCCUCUGUCUCUCCCAAACAGAGCUGGUUGAAGUUUGGGCUCAGCAGCAAUCAGGUGAUUGGUACAGUGUGACCUCACAGCAGUAUGAAGAGUCAACUGGAGGCGACAGUCAUCCUCACAGAGCCCGGAGGUCAUCAUCAGGCCAAGCUAUGAUAAACAGGGGGGUCGUGAAUGGAGGACUAACCAUCAACCCCCUUCCAGACAACAUGACACGCAUAGUAGAGGAUUCUGGCAAAUAUUACACAUGGCGUAGCUUUGGCCCCAAGGACCGGCAAACACAGGAACUAUGGGUAGACAUGAGUGACGUCCGGCACGGCCAAGUUAGAGUCCAUGGCAUCCUGUCAAAUUCGUACAAGCAGGCUGUGAGGGUCGCCCUGUCAUUUGACUUUCCUUUCUACGGACAUUAUCUGAGGCAGAUUACCAUAGCAACAGGAGGGUUUAUCUUCACAGGGGACGUUACUCACCGUAUGCUGACUGCAACACAAUACAUCGCCCCGCUAAUGGCUAAUUUUGACCCCAGCUACUCCAAAGAAUCCACUGUGCAAUAUCUGGAUAAUGGUGAAGUGUUUGUGGUCCAGUGGGAGGGGGUCAGACUCCUUGGCAGAGAGUCAGAGGGAGCCUUCACCUUUCAGGCUGCACUUUACAAAAAAGGAACCAUCACAUUCAGCUAUCAACAGAUACCACUGUCAUUAGAUGUGAUCAGUUCAGCUGAGCAUCCAGUGAAGGUUGGUUUGUCUGAUGCCUUCAUGGUCAUAUCACCCUCUUCUCAAUCACCAGAUUCCCAACAGCAAACGAUUUACGAGUACCACAGGGUUGAGAUGGACACUACAAAGAUCGCCAGCUACUCUGCUGUUGAGUUCACUGCACUGCCUACCUGCCUUCAACACGACAGCUGUGAGCUCUGCCUCUCAUCCAACCUAACCUCUGGCUGUAGUUGGUGUCAUGUGCUCCAGAGGUGUUCAGAUGGCAUGGAUAGACACAGACAGGAAUGGUUGGACUAUGCCUGCUCAGAAGAGAGCAAAGAUGCAACCUGUGAGGAUUACAGCAGGGGUGACAGCUCUACUAGCUCCUCUGUCACACCAGAGAUUGAAGAUGUGACCUUUUUAACCCCCCCAGGAAAAGCCUGUGACAGUGAUGAUGACACCAAGCAUCAUAUAUUUAAGACGGGCAACGAUGUGAAGACAGAUUCUUCAACCAAGAGUGUUGGCUUUGCUAACACAGGAGUGAUAGCCGGUAUAGCAGCUGCUCUUAUGUUACUCUUGGCUCUGGUACUCGUAGCUCUUUACAUCAACUACCAUCCUACUGUUGCAUCGCCACUUUACCUCAUCCAGCGACGCAAGAACUACUGGCCUUCCUUGAAGUUUCAGAAGCAACAGCCUGGUUACACAGAAGUGGAGGGAGAGGGACAUGAGAGACACAGCAUUGUUGAAGCUGGGCCAUGUUGAAACCAUGAGUGGAAACUUGGAAGAUACUGUAUUUGCAUUGAACUGAAACAUAUACACUUGUUCAGACAUUUACAUUCCAAUGUCAGUUUAACUUUCACAAUCAAUUUAUAAUUGUUUUUUAGGUGAUUUGUGGCAAAAAGAUGAAACUGUUGCAACAGUUUGGGUAGAUCAUAGCUACCCAUAGCUUCAUAUUGGAUGAUUUUAUUUGAAAUUUUUGUAUCUCUGUUGGAAUAAAUAAACCUUUUUUUAAACUUUCUAUAA